AUGACAGACUCUCGGAGCAAGGCCAGUGCAGCGCAACCUGUCUCCUCCUCGCAUCUCCUCGUUUCUUGUUGUAACUCCGCGGAGCUUCCCCAGCCUCCCGCUGUUGAGUUGAAGACGGAGUCGUCUGACACGAAUCUAUCGGCAAAAAAGGAUCACGUGGAAGUGCAGAUACAGCCGACUGCAGGACGUGUUCCUUCGGCAAGGCUGCAUGCAAAUGAGGCGCUUGCACGGCGCCGUCGGCUUAUUCAGCAGGCUCGCAUCGCCUCAAUCUUGUGUGUGUGGCUUUCUCUCGCUGUAGGAGCAAUGUCGGUGUUUCUAGGCUGCUCCUGUGCCCCUCCUUCGCUUUCGCUCAUUGCGCUAGGAGCAGGAAUGCUGAUCGAUGCUGUUUCUUCGUUGGCUGUUCUUUGGCGAUUUGAGAAGGACCCUGCCACAGCGCCUCUGUCACGGCAGUUCUCGCUUCGCGUGAAGAGGGCACUUGUCGAGAAGCGCACUGUUGUUGCGUCUGCAGACGAGGAAGACUCCGCGUCUACUGCAGCUGCGAGUAUUUCUGCUGCAGAGAACACGCUGGAGAGUUCAAGGCACCCUCUUGAGGCGGCAGAUGCUGCGUCCACCUCGGAAAGAGACAGUGUAGCUACAGCUCGAGUAGCUGCUGAGGGCAGCAGCAGCAGGAGCCUCCCCCCGAGUCACUUCUCGACAGACAACGCCUUUAUCGCCUCCGAGAGCGCAGAUGCUCGCGAGGAGAAGGCGACCUGGUGCGUUGCUCUGACUGCCUUCAAGCUCUUCCUCUCUCUCCAGCUGAAGAGCAGCGCUCUCUUCAGAGACGCCGUUUGCUCCUUCUUUGGAGCUUUUCUCUCGCUCAUCGCGCUUGUUGCCUCCACCUCCUGUCUCGUCUUCCUGCAAAGACCGCUCGAGGGGAACCCCAAGAGUCUGUUGCCUCACAACUACGAUGCCAUUGUCGGCGUUGCCGUGUCUACUCUCAUUACGCUGGAAGGUAUCCGCAUGCUCUGCUUUCCUAGAACGAGUGCCGCAUGCGCUGAGACGGGAGGAGGGCAGCCGGAGGCAACCACUUCCGUCUGCAGCAGCUUCGUAAGGGGAGAGUUUCAAAUAUCGCGUCGAGCAGCAGCAGCAGCACACGAGAGUAACAAGAGGCCGUUGCCAGUGGCUGCUGCUGCGAGGCGUACCCCUCAGAUUUGCCUGAGGCUGUGCAGACAUUCUCGCUGGUGCUUUCUCUGCUUUUGUGUGACGUGGGGUGGGGGAGGGCUUGAUAGAGAUAGGCUUUUCGAGGUGGAAAAUACGUACUCUGCCACUCCCGAACGAGGCUUUUUGGUGUCUCUCACCGUGCGCCCCUUAGUGAGCUACAGCACAAGAAAGCCGAAAGAACGCACCGCAGAGAUAACGGCAAGAGAAGCAGAGAAAGACUCAGAUCCUAUUUCUCACGUACAAAGGUCGUCUAAGAGGGAGAGACAGAGAAAGAGACAGACAGACAGGGAGACGAAAAGCUCCUGGAAUGGAAAAAAGGGCCUGAGCCACGAAUGGAGGGAUGCCAAGGAAGUGAAUUCUGCGAGGAAGAUGAGCGAACACACACCCCGAGGUUGGUGCGAGGGUAGUGCUUUGUGUUGGCGAAGAGGAGCGAACACACACCCCGAGGUUGGGGCUCGUUUUGUUGCUGCGAAGUCGAAGAGAAUUCCCCAAAGUUCGUUUUGUCUUGCCUGUAUUUCCUGUCAGAAGACACACGUUGGCGCAUGCGCAUGCCGAGGGUCAGGGGAGGUGACAAGAGGACCGGCAAGCAACGCGAGUCUCUGCGCUCGACGUGCCGUGCCUUAG